CUGUGGGGCCCUUCAAAGAGACACUGAUCAGGGGCCCUGGGAAAUAGGCCCUCUAUGUGUUGGACUGCGAGGCCCAGCAUCCCCUGAAUUGCCUUGGCACUGCAGGCACACCUCACGCUGGCUUCCCCUGUCACUCAGAGGGCCCCAGACUUUGGUCUGCAACUCCCAGGAUCCCCAACCACACUGAGGCCAAGGGCCAGGAGUUCUGGGUGCUGAAAUCCAAAAGUUUGGGAACCACUCGUUUAAAUUAUUCUUCCCAAAAACACCCCACAGAGAAAGUGCAGCUGCACACUUAAGGUAUUGGUGGGCAUCGUGCACCUCCCUCCCUCCGGCUGCAGCUGGACUGCAGCUCCCAUCAGCCCCAGGAGAGUAGGACUGCAGCUCCCAUCAUCACCAGGACAGUGGGACUGCAGCUUCCAGCCAGUGGGGAUUUAGUCCGGCUCCCAGUCCUUGUUGGGGUCAACCAUUGGAGGGAGGGAGGGGUGCUGUGGAUUUAAAUGUGGAUGGCUUUAGUAUGUGUCUGCCUUAUUUGUCCUCUUAAGUCGAUGUGGGUUUUAACUGAAGUUGUUUGUUCCUUGUUGUUGUUCCCCAACUCAUUCCUUGUCGAGAAAUGGGCAAGAAAUAAGUAUUGUUAUUACAACUCACGACGAUGAUGGAUGAUGAUGAUGAUGAUGAUGAUGAUGAUGAUGAUGAAAAGUGAUGACUUUCCCAUCUGGUGACUGGAAGUGGCAAAACCCCUCCGCCAUCCCAUCCCAUCCAGUUCAGUCCAGUUUUGUGUUUGGACUGUAAAUCCCAUCAGCCUGUUGUCCAUCCGAAGCUGACCCUUCAGGGGCCAUGUGGGGCAGGGGCAGUGGGGGCAUCUCCAAGCCCCUCUGGCUGGAGGGCGGCCCUGACCCCUCAGCGUCCAGCGCCGUGACCUGCGAGGUCAACGCCUACGUGCCGCAGGAGGCCCACGUCCCCUGGGCGGCUGGACUGGAGGAGGGCCAGGGCUGCCCCCGUUCCCUGGAGGGGGGCAAAUGGUUCAUCGCCACCGUCCAGAGCCCCCAGGCCGGCUAUGGGGUCAGCGCCAUCCUCCACCAGGAGCCACCACCACCGCUGCCACGGAAGGAGCGGCCAGCGGCCCAGAGGACGGGCAGCGUGGUCACCACCGCCACAGCGGUGCUCUCAGUCUUCACACGGACCCCCCGCCUGCAGUCGCGCCUGGGGCAGGACGUGGUCAUUGAUUGCGGUUUCUCUGGCCCGUCGGUGCGCUUCUCGGUAGAGUGGCGACACCAGCACGGAGGCGCGGGGCGCGUGGUCCUGGCUUAUGACGGGGCAUCUGGGAGGGUCUCCGUGGCUGAGGAGGGGGCCCGGCUCUUCCUGGACCCCCAGGAGGGGGGCAAUGUCUCCCUGCAGCUUCAAGGGGUUGGCGUGCGCCAUGAGGGGACCUACAUCUGCACCGUCUACCUGCCCCACAUGCACGCCCAGCAGGCAGCGGAGCUCAGGGUCCUAGAGCCCCCCAAGGUGGCCCUGCGCCCCGACCCGCUCUCGGUGGCCCCCGGUGCAAAUGCUGAGCUGGCCUGCGGGAUCUCUGGCUACUACCCCCAGAGCGUCACCGUGGUCUGGAGGCACAGGGGCCCCGCGGGGGACGAGGAACUGACCAGCGCCUGGGAGUCCGGCCACCACCAGGCCCCUGACGGCACCUUCAGCUUCAUCAGCUACAUCCGGCUGCCGCCUGUCCAGCCCCAAGACCACGGCAUCACCUUCAGCUGCCACGUCGCCCACCCGGCCCUUGGGGAGACCCCCCUCCGGAAGGCCCUAGUGCUCCACGUGGCAGGCUCCUCAGGCCCCUCGGUGGAGGACGCGGUCGGCCUCUUCCUCAUCGCCUUCGCCCUCUUUGGCUUCCUCCAGGCCUUCUCCAGGAGGGUCUUUGGAGAGAAAACCAAGUUACAGAAAGUGGACUGAGCCAGACCCCCCCCCCCCCCCCCCCAAAUCCAACAAAAAGCGGGCGAAGCGGAAAAGGACCCCCGGACAUUGGGAAGGCCCUGAUCCCCCCCUCCAUGCUGCAGGCGUGUGUGCGUGGUUCACUUUGUGUUGCCAGGACAAUCCUGGUGCAUUUGCUGAGUGCGGUUGUGUGGUUGUUGAGCUGUCCAUAGUUGUUCCCUCCCUGCAUCCUUUACAGUUGGAAAGCAUCUCCUUUGCUUCUUGGGGGUCAGUCGCUCUUUGGGGGCCAGGGGCUGGAGAAGGGACCCCUGAGGGCCCUCUGAGCCCACCCUCCGUCCCUGAUGGCCCUUCCGCUCUUUUCCUUUUGGUUGCUUGUAAACAUCUCCAUGGAUUAAUUUUUGUGGCGCUUUGCAGGAGGACAGUGUCCCGCUUGCAAUGAAUUCCUGCAAGACUUGACUUGGCUGCAUCCAGACUGCAGAAACAAAUGCAGUUUGAUACUGCUUUAACUGCCACGGUUCGAUGUUGUGGGAUCCUGGGAUUUGUAGUUCUUGGGAGAGAGCUCUGGCGCCACAAGGGACUACAAAUCCCAGGAUUCCCACAGAAUGGAGCCACAACAAUGAAUUAAAACAGCAACAUUUGCAAAGAAGUAGCUGCGUUACUCCCUUAAGGAAUAAAUGAUGGUAAUAAAUAAUAAAUGCUCAGCUGUGGGGGGCGGACGGAUCCGGAGGAGGAGGCAAACCCCCAGUUUUAGGAGGUUGAGGUAAAAAGGUCCUCCCAGCCUUUGCAGGCGGGAAAGCAGUAGAUCCUGAUGAUCCAAACCCCCUCCCUUGCCUUUUGCUCUGUGUUUUAAAAGCAAGUCCAGGGGAUCGGUGUCUCCUUGGCAGAAAAAUAAACUUUAAGAACGAAAGAAAAA